GUUGUACGCCCAGUAUAGAGCAGUCCAUCAGUCAGUUCGUAAAGGACAAUCAACCUUUGGGCAGCAUGAACAACGCUCCGAAAAUCGGUACCCCCAUUCAACCGAAAAAUGUACUAACAACAGGGGAUCAAUAUUCGCCUCUCAACUGCGGUCUUCUGUGUGGUGCGAACUCCCGCAUAAGUCCGGAUUCUCCCAGACCCAAGUCUGCUUUUCAAGAUACCUUAAAGCCACUGACACUGACUUACCAUGCCUACUUCGGAGUGAGGUACUACCCACUGGAUCCUACCCAAAUCAUGGAUGAGCAGACGA